AUGUCAGAAAUGAAAUGGGCUGUUGCCGAUGAGCAGAGCAGACGAGAGGAAAGAGAGCAGAGCAGACCGGCGAGGGAGCUGCCGUGCGUGCGGAAGAGCUCGACGCGCAAGGCGGCGGCCUUGUCGCUUGUCAACCGAGACGCCGAGCAUGGCCUGGAGGAACUUGUCGAUGUUGUGCUUGAGGGCCGGAACGAUGCCGGUGUUGUCUCGGGUACAGGGUGUCGUCGAGCAUACUACCUGAUUUUGUUACCAAUUUCUGCUAGUAAUAAUAGUGUUGGACACAGAAUGGAAGGGUGCCGCUCAAAUGAAGCAUCAUAUGCCGAAGCUGUAUUGGUGGGAGCAUUGUCGUCUGGUGUUAAUGCUCCCACGUGGUUUGUGCUCAAGAUUACGUUUUUGCUCCUGGCCUUGUGUUUUACGGCGAUGCUUGCGCUAGCAUUUUCGUCGAAAAACUUUGUAAUUGUUGCGCAUGUUCUUCUGCUUGUAACUAUUGGAACCGUGCUAUUUGUGCUGCUUAACAGGUUUCUGGCUGAAGUUGGGCUCGUGCCUGUUGAACAACAGAUGAAGGAGAUGGGCAUCCACAAAACAGAAGCCACAGAUAAAGACAAAAUAAACUAA